AUUUGUAUCAUUACUUGUACCUGCUGCCAUGGACCCAACCGCCGGUCCAUCCAUGGGGGUGCCUGUGGGCCCGUUAGGCGUCGGCUCUAUGGGUCAUAUGAACUAUUACCCGCCAACCAACUCUCCAGCGCCUCCGAACUAUCCAUACCCGCAAUACCCUUACACUCCAUCGCCUCCUCCUCCCCAAAUGCCCUCUCCCCGAAUGAACGGCCGUGGGGGCUAUCCUCCGCGUGGAGGCGCGUAUCAGCAUCCUAGCUACCGUCAGCCGUACCCGGGACAACCAUAUCCCAACCACCUCCAGCCAAAAUAUCCGCCGUAUCAGCACCACCACCACCAGCAGUAUACGUACACGCCGCCCUCACCACACCACGCACCAUGGCAUCAUUUGCCCCCUCAGCCACUGUCACCCGUACCCAAAAACGCUGCUACUGCGCCCGUCGCACCGACCACGCCUGCUUACUACAUCCCCGACCAAAAUUCGAGCAUUAGUCAUGCUCAGACGACCAUGGCUCACCUUGACGUCCCAGAACAGCCACCGGCGUCUACGGCUCCGAUUUCGAGCCCCAGUACCAUCACACCCGUCCUGCCUCCAGCCCCCGAGCCUUCCUCCUUGGAUCCGGCCCCAUCGCCCUCCGACAACACUGCGCCGGCAUCUGACUCACCAUCUGAUCCUUCGGAACGCGACACUCCAUCUUCCAACUUGACCUCCGCUCGUCCAUCUCGAGCUGGUGGAUGGGCGAUCUGGUCUCGCCGACCGCUCAAUCCAGCCCACGCCCCGGGGAUCAUCAUCUCACCGCGAGCCCGCCCACCCCCGGAUAUCGUUGAGAGUGCCUUGGACGAGCGCACUCCACCUGCGUCGCCUGUUAUUCUUCCCGUCGCAGAAAAGGAGGUGCUUCCGGUAUUGGAAAGCCUGGAGAUCGAGGAAACACCUUCAUCUACGGGGACGGAGACCGAUGUGACUGAUGCAGAGGAAGAGCGAUCCCGGACACCCACUACCGCGGCGACGACUAUGCCCAGUUCUCCGGCAUCGAUGAAGCCUGUGUCGCCACCGGAGGAAGAGGUCAGCGCGGUACCAUCUGCUCCGUCGUCUGGCGUGAAAAAGUCGUGGGCAUCGUUAUUCGUGGCCAAUUCAGCGGCAUCUCAGUCAUCUUCAUCUUCGACUCCCGCGCGAAGCAAGCUCCCCACAUCCUCUGUGGUAGGCUUCUCCGUUCCAGCGACGCCAUCUGCGAAAGAGGAGAAGAGAAAAGCAGACAAUGCUGCUCUCAUGGCACUGCUGUCUGGCACUGAAGCCGCUGCCGCCCCGGUGUCCUAUGCUACGGCGUCUACAGCAACUGCCAAGGAAAAGCUGAUCCCUCGCGGUCUGGUGAACACGGGGAAUAUGUGUUUCGCAAAUGCUGUGCUGCAGGUUCUCCUGCGGUGCGAGCCAUUUGUGCGAUUUUUCUCACGCUUGCAGGCCCUCGCCGGAGAGGAUGAGGACGGCUGGCUGGAGCCUGCCCCAUUGGUGCGUGCCACCGGCGCUUUCAUGAAGAAAUUUAUCCGGCCAGUGGUGGCCCCUUCGGCUGGGAAGGGAAAGGCGCGUGCCGAGGAUGAGGAUGACUUCGAGGACGCGUUCAUUCCCACUGAAAUCUAUGAUGCGCUCAAGGAUAAGAAGCGUUUCGAUGGGAUGCGGGGCGGACAUCAAGAAGACGCUGAAGAGUUCCUCGGGUUCUUCCUUGACACGCUUGAAGAAGAGCUUCUUGCGGUGGCAGGCUCGAGCAUGAAACGAGCCGAUGUGGUGGAAGAACAUGUCGAGGAAGAUGCUGUUGGAGAUGGAUGGAUGGAGGUCGGCAAGAAGAAUAGGACAGUGGUGACCAGAACGAUCAAAUCGGAGGACUCUCCAAUCAGUCGAAUAUUCGGAGGCAAAUUCAGGUCCACAUUGAGGGCACCGAGUCAGCGGGACUCGGUGAUCGUGGAGGACUGGAGGUCGCUCAGAAUAGAUAUACAGCGCGAGGGGAUCCAAACGAUCGAAGACGCGCUGGCCUUUUUAUCACAUCCGCAAUCGAUACAAAUGGCGCAUCCGACGAGGCCAGGGACAGUGCUGGAAGCGAGCCAGCAGGUGCUCAUCGACUCGUUGCCUCCGAUCCUCGUCCUGCACAUGAAGAGAUUUUGCUAUGAUGCGGCGGAAGGCGCAGUGAUCAAAGUGGGAAAGCAAAUCGUGUUUUCCCCAGAGCUUGAGCUCGGGAACGAUCUUAUGGCAGCCAAGAGCAAGCCCGCUCGCUACAGGCUGUUUGGAGCCAUCUACCAUCACGGUCUAUCUGCUGGCGGAGGCCACUACACAUUGGACGUGCUGCACGGCGAGGGCUGGGUCCGAAUCGAUGACGAGCUCGUUUCGGACGUGCGGCCUGCUGAUGUGUUUGGCGCCGCCAACUUCAAGGAGGAGACUAGAUGCGCGUAUUUGUUGUUCUAUCGCCGUAUCAGGUAGAUGUGGUAUCAACCCAGGUAGACGUGGUAUCAGCCGCGAGGCUUGUUGAGGAGGGUAUGCUCGUCUUGAUGUUCAGGGCGACGUAUGGCGGCGAGGCAUCUCCUAAGCUUCUCCGGGGUGUCUCUCAUGGUGCAUUGACUAUGGAUGGCCCAUUCGAAUGAUCCACAUUGAAGUGCAACGGAUGGCUCUGAGAGAGGGAGUCCCCUGAUCCAGAUGUUCAUGAUCUCAAGAAACAGAUUCAGACCUGCGAACAACGUGCCAGUACUUGGAUCUAUAUAUCAUUCAUGCUUUGGCAAUGUUACUGCAUCCGCGUGUGACCAUAAUGACACCCGCGCGUCCUACUUGUUACUUACGCGCAUUGGGUUCUUGCAAGGGGACGUCUGUGCCGGCCAUAGGAAUGUAGUUGGAAAGCUAGACGUUUAGAACAUCUUCCUGUAGUACCCUAUCCAUAUCCUCCACCCCAGUUUCCAAUCCCGGACCCCGAGCGCUGGCUUAAACGCGUCAAAGUUCUCCUUCUCCAGUUGCGCCAGGAAGUUGGCAACGGGCACCCCGGCCAAAAACACAGGCAUAGCAGCCUCCGGGAUCUUGCCACCCGGCGCGUCUUUGAACAUAUCCCGCGCGGUGAGCAGGUGGUCGUUCGCCAGGACCGCGACGUCGUAUACGGCCGCGUCGAUCCCGCCGGCGGUGCCUCCGUGUCGGAAGACAUCCUCCUGCUGGACGUUGUGGCGGGCACAGAUAUCGAGCGGAAGGGGAAGCCGCCGGUGGGCGGCAUGGAACGGAAGGCCCCGGAGUAGCGUUGCGAGUGUCUGUGCCACUCCGAGGUGCGAGGCGGCGUGCGCCAGCGACUCGGAGGCGCCAAGCCCCCGCAGAGCCAGGAGCGCGUAGAGGAGAUUGGACGAAACGCCCUCUGCAUGCGUCACCAGGGCGUCUGUCGUCGGGUAUGAGCUGGUUUUCAGCUCCUCGUCCUGCGGGUGUGAGACCUCGGUGAGGGACGGGAGCAGUAAGACACACCCGAGCAUCGAUGAUUCGUUUCAAGUAGUACGCAGGUACGUUAGCCGCCUUGGCCGUUUUAUGCAAUGAUAGGGCAAUGGGAUGCCGGGGCGGUCUGUCCUGGCAUACACUACUCUAAGUAUCUUGGCGCAUGUGUUCGUAAGGACCUUGACACGCACCGCGUAUAUGUCGCGUACCGCAUCGCGCCAGAACUGCAUCCUCAUCGCACCAAGCGUCGCCGCGCUGACAUUAUCCUGUACCAUAGCGAGCUCGGUCUAUGUCGUAGUUCAGCACCAGCUCGAGGUCUCCCGAACGCGGUCUAUUGUGCACACCGAGAAAGCUUUGAGCGCGAAAUAGCCGUCCUGCAACGAAGCAGGCCAGAAUUUGCUGACCAUGAAGGAUUCAUAGUCGUGUUUUUUCACCAGCUGUCUACAAUGGGAUGCUGGGUCUAUCGGGGGCGCGGCGGUAGAAUGGGCGCGUGCGAGCUCACGCCGUAAGACGCGUGACGCCGAUGAGAGCAUGAG